AUGGGAGAAUUUGGACACCCAGAAAAAAUUGCUGCUGUGGGGAUGAUUCCCAAAGAUGAUAUUUUUCGUCUUGGAGAAAACGUUGAUUUUCCAAUUGAUGAAAUGAAGUUUGCGAAGGUUCGCAAUUACAAGCUCGAGCAAGAUGAGUUGUUGUUCCCUCCAUCGGAAUCCGGCAAUCGGAGGGAAACAAUAUAUGACAAAAAAGGUGCACAAAAGAUACACAAGGUAACAGCAAAAUUUGUGGAAGCUAUGCAAAGGGUCAUUGUGGCUAGGGAUCAAUGGAAGAAAAGGCAACGGCCGGCUGAUGGUACACGCGAGAUGGAAUAA